GCUGUGAGGCACCACUACACUUCUGUGCUGGUCCUGGAAGGCUGACAGUUCUCAAGGCUCUUUAACUGCGGGUCAGUGAGCGGCCCAUUCUGACAGAAAAUUGGAUUAGAACAACGAGCGCUGUUUAAGAAACCAGUUUUAAGACGGACUCCUCCUCCGUCACGCCGCCCUUCCCACGAGACCGUCGGGCGUUUGACCUCUCGCUCAGGUUGCUCUGUCUGUUUUAUUCCUCCUGCCAACAGUAUCCCCACCAACCAGCCGCUGCGGACAUGUCAACAUCCAGCGAAUGCAGCAGCAGCUAUGAAGACUACAAAGAAACCGCAGACUGGCUGCUUGCUAACACAAAUAUCAGGCCCAAAGUGGCAAUUAUUUGUGGUUCAGGACUCGGUGGAUUGGCUGACCUGCUGGACAACAAGAAAGUAUUUCCUUACAACAAAAUCCCCCGCUUUCCCCAUAGCACAGUGCAAGGACAUAAAGGUCAGCUGGUGUUUGGAGAGCUGAAUGGAAAGCAGUGUGUUUGCAUGCAAGGCCGCUUCCACUUCUAUGAGGGCUAUAACAUUGCCAAAGUCACAUAUCCAGUAAGAGUGUUUUUCCUUCUCGGGAUUGAGACUCUCAUUGUGACCAAUGCUGCUGGAGGACUCAAUCCUAAAUUUAAAGUGGGAGACAUCAUGUUGAUCAAAGACCAUAUCAAUAUGCCUGGCUUUGCAGGCCAAAAUCCCCUGUGUGGACGCAAUGAGGAAAAAUUUGGAGUGCGCUUUCCCUGCAUGUCUGAUGCUUAUGAUAGAGACUUUGCACGGAUGGCCAGGGAGACGGCCCAAGAACUAGGCUGUGACUCUUUCCUCCAGGAGGGUGUUUACUGCAUGUUGGCAGGACCGUCCUAUGAGACGAUUGCAGAAUGCAGGGUGCUACAGAUGCUUGGGGCGGAUGCUGUGGGUAUGAGUACCGUUCCAGAGGUGGUGGUCGCUCGUCACUGUGGGAUGCGUGUGUUUGGACUCUCCCUUAUUACCAACAAAGUAGUGACUGACUACAACAGCACAGAAAGGGCUAAUCAUGAAGAGGUCCUGGAAACCACCCGAAUGCGAACCGAAGACCUGCAGAAGUUAGUCAGCAAUUUAGUGGCAAAAAUGUAGUGUACUAAAUUUAGUGCAAAAAUCUUGAUAUACUUGAUUUGCACCUAGACAGCUAACAAUGUAGAAUGGAAUACAGUAUAUGCUCCUUAAAGGGAUAGUUCACCCAAAAAUUUAAAUUCUGUCAACAUUUACUCACCCUCAAAUAGUUCCAAACCUGUAUGAUUAUUUUUGUUCUGCCGAACGCAAAGGAAGAUAUUUUGAAGAAAGUUUGUAACCAGGCUGUUUUGGGGCACCAUUGACUUCCAUAGUAGGAAAAAUAAAAUACUAUGGAAGUCAAUGGUGCCUCAGAACUGCUCUGUUUCCAACGUUCCUUUGUGUUCAGCAGAACAAAGACAUUCAUACAGGUUUGGAACUACUUGAGGAUGAGUAAAUGAUGAUUUUCAUUUUUGGGUGAACUAUCCCUUUAAUGCUUCUCAUGCAUCUUAUUCAGGGUUAAAGUAACUUUAUGAACUUUCCAGUGCCUCAAAAUUUAGGCUAGGUUCAUUUUGUUUAUGGUUGAUUUUAUCCACACUGCAGUGUAUACUGUGUUUCUAAAACAUCACUGUGAGACUAUAUUAAUAUGACACAUACUGUAUAAUGCAUUCACAUCCUUCCUGAAAUGCAUGUUAAGAACAACUGAAAAUAGAAGCAUUACAUAAGUAUCAGUAUUCUUGUCAUUAUCUCUUGAAAGAAGAGUUAAAGAACAAUCAUACAUGAAAAGGAACAAACAGACUUACACUGCAAUACAUUCAACUGCAUUAAAGGGAAUUCAGUCGCAAAUACCAAAUGAGGAGUUACAGUGCAAUUGGAUGGUAAAUAAUCAAUUAAUAUAUUACAUAAACAGAUGUUUUAUCUUUUUAGUUUAUCAACUUGUCUAGAUGUUUCCAAAGAAAAUUACAGAUGUUUAAAUAUGUUUUCUGCAAAAAAUAUAUGGACAAAUCUCUUUAAAAUUAUUAGAGAUAUUUUACAGAUUUUUACCUGUUUAGGAAUGUGAUGUAUUUUAACUUUAUUUUCACACAAAUAUUAAAAUAUAAAAAUAAACUGA